CCACACAACGCUUCUUGUUUUUCUUGUAGUUUUUAUAACCUGGACGACGUAGAGCACUCAACCAUCAACAAAUAUCUGUCUAGUCUUGUGGGCAAGUCGCUCAUGGAACUAGAGAGCUCCUACUGUCUGGAGAUAGCUGAGGAUAACCGGACGAUCAUCCCUCAGACACUGGGGCGCAUCGCCUCGUACUACUACUUGAAAAACAACACUGUGCGCAUGUUUCGUGACGCCAUGAAAUCAGAUUGUAGCAUACCGGAACUACUGGAUAUCUUGUCUAAUGCCGCGGAGUAUGCCGAGUUGCCCGUCAGACAUAACGAGGAUCAGAUCAACGGAGAUCUGGCUGGGCAGGUACCACUGGAGGUAAACAAAGCCUCGCUGGACUCAGCUCACACAAAAACCAAUCUGCUGCUGCAGGCCUACCUGUCCCACCUGCCCCUGCCCUCAUCAGACUACCACACGGACACCAAGUCUGUACUGGACCAGGCUCUUCGAGUUCUGCAGGCUAUGCUGGACGUGUCAGCUGACCAAGGCUGGCUGGUCACUUCACUCAAUGUCAUCAUCCUCCUUCAGAUGCUUGUACAGGGGCGCUGGUGGCAUGACUGUAACCUGCUGACCCUACCUCAUGUCCAGCCAUAUCACAUCUAUUGCUUCAGAAACUCAACAAAUGAGAAGAAGUUGAUUGACUGUUUGCCUGAACUCAUUGACUACUGUGAUGGUCAGAAAGAGGUUCUAGCUUCUAUGCUAGGUGGUGAGAUGAACAAGACACAAGUUGACCAGCUGUUUGAAGUGCUGGUACGUCUUCCUCUCAUUGAAGUCUCCAUAGAGAUAAAGGGCUGGCUGGAGGGAGAGCAAACGGCUCUGUCUAGACCAGUCAACCUCUCAUACAAAGAUGGAAGAAGACCCAAUUCUGAUUGGUUGAAAGUCCAUGCAGACCAAGAAUAUGUGCUAAAUAUAUCUUUGAAAAGAAUUAACAAAAUUAAGAAAACUGACAGCAAGGCCCACAGUUUGAGUUUCCCCAAGCCAAAAGAUGAAGGUUGGAUGCUUGUUAUAGGAAACAUUGAGAGCAGGGAGGUCAUUGCCCUAAAGCGUGUCCCAUGGGUCAGAGGUCGCACCAGCACACAGAUGGCUUUCUACACACCAGAGAGACAAGGCCGUGUCAUUUACACCCUGUAUUUGAUGAGUGACGCCUACCUGGGACUGGACCAACAGUAUGACAUUUGUCUGGACAUCAUAGAACCCAGUGUAGAAACUCAGGACAAUUCUGAGCUGCAAGUCAUUGCUGAUGAUAACAAGUGGUAAUGUGACUGGUCUGAUGGUGACCACUGGUCAUGUGACUGGUCUCAUGGUGACCACUGGUCAUGUGACUGGUCUGAUGGUGACCACUGGUCAUGUGACUGGUCUGAUGGUGACCACUGGUAAUGUGACUGGUCUGAUGAUGACAAUUGGUCACUAUCCAAAUCUUACUCUUCUGGGGAGUUUUCUCCCAUAUAGUUUAAAUUAUGAUCCUUAUGAAUGAUAGUAACUACACUAAAAAUUGUUUUGUAAUUAGUCUUAUGCUUGUUUUAAAUAAAUUUUAAUGAUAAUUGUAAUGAAACCUGUCUGGUGUCAUUCAAAUGAAAGAAGUUUAAAUAUGGAAUCCUUAAUUUCACCUUUUCAAUAUUGUUGUGAGCAAACUCCAAAUGUUUCAUUUUCAUUUGUUAAAAGCUGAAAUGUCUUUAUGCUCGCAACUGAAGUUGUUGCUUAUAAAAAAAUGUUUCAUUGGUUAAACAGAAUUUGGAAAAAAAACUUCAUUAGGGCCUAUAUUUUUUAUUACAGUAUUAAGAAACAUUUGUAUAUAUGGUAACUUCAACAGUAAGUUAAUUUAUAUACAAACAAUGCUGUUACAUUAGGUUGAAAAAAGUUUCAGCAGUAUAAAAAUAAAAUUAUGCUUCAUAUUAUUUUAACUUAUUGUGAUCAUUUUUUUUCUAGUCGUUACAGAUAAACUUGAUUUAUAGAAAUGUUACUAACAGAUAAACUUGAUUUAUAGAAAUGUUACUGAUCCUUUGCAUUAAAUUAAGAUCAUUUUUCCAUUUGUCACAUAAAAUAAUGAAUGUAAUUUACUUUUCUUAAGUCUUGAAGUUGUUGUAGCAGGUGGACAAGUUCUAUGUUCAAAUAAAAUUUUAAGAAUGAAUAGUUGAUCUCAUGCUUUGUUUUUCAAAAUUAAUAAAAUUCAAAAAACA